AUGUGCCGGAGCCGCGGUGCAGUGCGUGCCUCGUUGUAUAUUUGUGAAUACUUACGUGUAGGACCAAAGCCGGCACAGCAGAGACUCCCCUGGACCAGUGCCCCCCAACCCCCCCCUCACCGAAACGGAGCGCGGCGGCCUACAGAGAGUGCCACAAUAGAGUGCCAACCUGAACCAGACCUCCCAGUGCCACGCUACGGUGCCUCGGGGGUCCUUUGUGCCAAGUUACCCCCUUCCAUACCCUACACCCCAACACUCACCCCAGCCUCCCUUCCCACACCCCCUCCCACAGCAUGCCGAGAAACAACACCCCUCCCUACACCCAACCAACCUUCUAACCCCCCACAACCUCCCACAACCCCGACACAACCCCCAACCCUGAAGUAA